CGGCUUCUAAAGCUCCCUAGUCCCUCUUUUCUUCUAUCAUCGUCGUCGGAGAGAAACCCCGAGAAGCUCCCACCAAUUUCUCCAUCCCGCUGCCAAGAGCGGAGCGGAGUUGCGAUGCCUUCGAUUUUGCGGCCCUCGCGGCAGUCCGAUUACGAUUGCUUCUCCUCUACUACACCAAUCGUUAUCGACAAUGGCGGUUCCACCUUCCGAAUCGGAUGGGCGGGAGAGUUGGAUCCUCGCGUCACCUUCCGAAACGUUGUCCAGAGGCCUCGCCACAAGACUACCGGAGAAACUGUUACUAUUGUUGGUGAUCAUGAUCCUGCGCUGAUGAAGUACUUUGAUUACACGCGUACAUCUCAUCGUUCAGCCUUUGACAGCAACGUUGUCUAUCAGUUUGAAAUAAUGGAAUAUGUCCUUGAUUAUGGUUUUGAGCGAUUGGGUGCCGAUGGUUUGCAGGUGGAUCAUCCUAUUAUGAUGACAGAAUGUGUUUGCAAUCCAAUCUCCUCUCGCAGUAAAAUGGCUGAACUCCUUUUUGAGACUUAUGGUGUACCAUCUAUAGCCUUUGGUGUUGAUGCUGCAUUCAGCUACAAGUUCAACCAACAGCAUGGAAUUUGCACUGAAGAUGGUCUUGCUGUUUGUGCAGGAGUAACAACAAGCCAUGUUAUUCCUUUUAUUAAAGGGGAGCCUGUUUUGGAAGCAUGCUGCAGAACAAAUAUUGGAGGGUAUCACGUUACUGACUAUCUGAGGCAGCUUCUUUCCCUCAAGUACCCCUAUCACAUGUCCAGCAUAACAUGGGAGAAGGCCGAGGAGCUAAAGAUGGAACACUGUUAUGUAGCUUUGGAUUAUGCAUCAGAACUUGAAAUAUUUCAGAAAGGGAAGAAAGAAGCUGAAGAAAAGACCAGGAGUUGGCAGCUACCAUGGGUUCCUCCCCCACAGGAAGAGGCACCGUCUGAAGAAGAACUUGCAAGAAAGGCAGCUUUAAAGGAAAAACAAGGCCAAAGAUUGCGAGAUAUGGCUGCAGCAAAGAGAUCGAUUAGAAUAACAGAGUUGGAAAAUGAACUACAUGGUUUGAAAGAUCUACUGCAGCAGCUUGAUCAGGCGGAGGAAACCGAAAUUUCAUCUAUUCUAUCCAAAACAGGGUAUGACUCCAGGCAAGAAAUUGAGUCUGCUACUCAAAAAAUAACACAAUCCUUAAGGAAAGCAAAGGGUGAGCAGAAUGAAACUGAGGAGAGAAUAGAUGCUUCAUUAGCAGAAAAAUAUCCACUCACCAAUGUCCCUGAUGACAUGUUGACACCAGAGCAGCUAAAAGAAAAAAGGAAACAGAUGUUUCUCAAGACCACAUCUGAGGGUAGAUUGCGUGCUAAACAGAAACGCUUUGAAGAGGAAUCAAUGCGGGAGAAGCAGAACCAACAAGAAGAAGAAAAACGCUUAGAGAACCCAGAGCUGUACCUGGAACAAUUACAUUCUAGAUUUAGGGAACUCACUGAAAAAGUUGAGCAGAGGAAACGGUUGAAGACAAAUGGUGCCCGCACGAACGGUAAUCAGAAUUUGUCAGGUGGUGUUGGCCGUGGUGAGCGUUUGAAUGCAGCUCAAAAAGAAAGGAUGCGCCUCUUGACUACUGCAGCAUUUGAUCGGGGAAAAGGUGAAGACACUUUUGGAGCUAGGGAUGAAGAUUGGCAACUCUACAAACUGAUGAGCAAAGACAAUGACGAUGAAGAAAAUGGGCAAGAGGAGGAUGAAGCAGAACUAGCACGUGUUACCUCUAGGCUUCAGUCUGGACCGGAUGAGCUCUGGUCAGUGUUGGAGAAGGGGAGGUGUGAAAGAGGAGACAAAAAUGAAGAAGCAUAGAUAGAGGUCCCCAAAACGUAUCUCAACAUUACAUCAUUGGAGAAUAAUGUAGGGCCUCUGAAGUGGAUCCCAACACACAAGGCUUAUUACCUAUCACUGUAUAGCAUUUAUCAAGGAUUUGGGUGGCAAUGGUGCAGGGUCUGUGCCAGCUGGCAUGUACAAUAGUGGGCUAGUACUGGCGCACAGCAUAGCACAGCACAAGCCUUGCAGGUGUGUGACCAGCUAGCCCUCUGGCAACUGCUUUUAGAACUUUGGUCUUCAGUAAUGUUAGUCUUUGCCUACUAAAAACUGUAAGAUUGCAAAUAUAAUGCAAGGUCUUUUUUUUGUAAAUAUCUAUAUAUUUUCCUAUUUAGGGGCACAAAGCUGAUCCAUGCUGCAAAGCACAAACUCACAAUGGUUAUCUGCUCACUAUGUCUUUGUUCCUCAGCAUUGCUGUCAUUCACACUACUAUAAUUCUGUUGGUAUGCUUUCUUUUUAUUGCUAGUUGAAGACUUGUUAAGGCAUUUUUAGAUGAAGCACCCUUCUCUGUCUGCUCAAACAAACUCAGAUAUUUCAUGUGAGAACUCAGAUAUCCAGACAGCGCCAUGCUUGUUUGCAGCCUGGAUGGCGAGCCAGUCAGUGACUUGGUUUGCCUCCCUGUACACAUGGGAGAUCUUACAUGCUUCACUGUUUGGAUCAUACUCCAAACAUCCAAAAAAUUGGCUGGCACGAUCCAUUUGAUUCAAGGCAUUGGGUUAGCCAGUGAUUUCCUUUGAGGCGAUUCAUAUGCUUUCUUCAGUUGUCCUGUUUGAUGAAGAAACUAUGUUGCAAAAACAUUAUAAAAAGCUCUUUUUUUUUAAAAAAAAAUAUUUCUAAAAAAAAUGGUUUCUGUAAAUCUACACGCAAUUUUGUCUGUUUGAGUAGUUCCUCAUGGGAUUUCUGGGGAACUAGUAUAUGUUUACGAGUAUGGCGGCUGCAGGAUAUAUUCCUGUACCUUAAGGUUCCUCUUAUGGUUGCAUAAGUUCGAUUUUGAAAUAUCACCUUGGAUUGAACCAACUGAAUAAGAUAUGUGUUCUAUAAUUUGGGUUAUCUGAUCCGACUUGAUUGCAUUUCUUGUCUAUGUAAUGUCAAGUUAUUGAUAAGGUUAAUAUCAUUGGACUUUUUAGUCUUUCUUUGUUUUUCUUUUUUCAGUUAGACCAGUUCUUGUGCUGGUUCAGUUUUGCUAGGCGGGGAUCCAACAUGUUUAGAUAAGGAAUUCAGUUUUAGACUCAGGCUAGUAUCUGUUGCAUGCUGCUUUACUUGGCUGAUAUGUAGAUCUGCCAAUAAUUCUUAUAUUCUUCUAGAUAUUGUUAGCUAUUGGUUUCUAUGACAUGAAUAUUUUUCCUGUAUGUGAAAUCCAUUGAGCUAUAAUUUUGAACCAUAUACUGACGCACAAACUUAAUUAUAAAUAUUUUUUGAUAUCUAGACAAGCUAUUUGGUACAAAUUACAAAUUACAAACCCUGACACAUGAACUUAGUUAUCAAUUAAUGAUAUUUGAUAUUCAGACAAGCUAUUUGGUACCAAAUUACAAACCCUAAACAGAAGUUCAGGUUAGCCUGCAUUGCGUAAGCAAGGAUUCGCUCUUCAAAGUAGUUUGGAUUGGUCCUGAAUCUCCUGAUGAAUGAUUGGUAUCACCUUCAGAUGUAAUCUGUUUAUCCUU